AUGGAUCGCCGAGGGCCGGCUUCCGCGCUCGCCCCAGCCGGGCUGCGCAGCCUGGCGGAAGCGACAGCCCCUGCGAGUGGGCGGGGCCGAGGAGACCUAGGAGGGUUCAAAAGGAGGUGGAGGGAUACGCGGGCCGCAGUCGGAACUACUUUCAGGAGGAGGUCACGUGUGUUCCUAGUUGGGGAACUUUCCAAAUUCCCACUCCCCUAUGAUGGCUUGGGAGGCAAGUGCUUCGCCUCCUUCGCCCGGGGUGCUCCUGCCUGGUCCCGGUAGCGGGACCCCGAGCCUCCGGUCGCCGCGGAAGAGCAGGCUCAGACGGGCCCCCGGCCCAAGCACGGUCGGUGCUGGCGCCUGGGAAGGUGGUUACACAAGCACCCACAUUCAAGCACGUGCCCCCGCCUCCCCGCACCGCUGGCCGCGGUCGCCGAUUCUCGCAGACCACCGAGGGAGAGCUCCUGA